AUGGUUGUUGAAGUUUCUACCUCCAAGACUGGGAAGCAUGGGCAUGCUAAGUGUCACUUUGUCGCCAUUGAUAUCUUCAAUGGUAAAAAGCUUGAAGAUAUUGUUCCCUCAUCCCAUAACUGUGAUGUUCCUCAUGUCAACCGCACUGACUACCAGCUAAUUGAUAUCUCUGAGGAUGGAUUUGUGAGUUUGCUGACUGAAAAUGGCAACACUAAAGAUGACCUCAAGCUCCCAACUGAUGAUGCUCUCCUGACUCAGAUCAAGGAUGGAUUUGCAGAGGGAAAGGACUUGGUGGUGAGUGUGAUGUCAGCAAUGGGAGAGGAGCAGAUCUGUGCUCUUAAGGAUAUCGGCCCAAAGUAGUAAUCUACUUCUACUAAGUCUAUAAAUGAAUCCAUAAACACUUGUUGCUUGCAUUAUCAGCAGAAUGUUUUCUGUUAUAAUAGUAGCAAUCUACUCUACCACCUGGGUUUCGUAUUACUGUUUGACUAUUAUGUUUGGGUACCAUGAACAUAAAGUAUUUUUACCUCCUCUUGCUAUUUUGGAUUAUUUGGUCUGAAAAAGAAAUUCUUAUCUUGCUAUUUUGGAUUA